AUGCCAACCACUACGAAUGUGAACGUUCGAGUCCGUAUCAAAGAUGUCAUUUACUCCCCUUCAACUCCAGCCAACUUGCUGUCAACCAAAGGCCUUCUGGAAAGCGGCUUAAUUUGGGACGUGAAGACCAACCAGAUUAACCUACAGAAGAAUGCCAUCCAGUGUAACUACGUCAAUGAACUAGUGGUCUUGCCAGUUAUCCAGCCUUACAAUUUCGACCAAUUAAGAACCGAGGCCAAGAACGUUUUGCUGGAAUCUAUGAACUAUUUAACCAUGCACAAGAGAAUGAUGCACGCAGGCAAAGAGCAGGUUAUGAAGGCUUGCCAGGAAGCAGGCAUUACUCUCAGCAACAACCACAAUCACUUCUGUGAUGGCUGUAUGAGAGCAAAGGCUACAGAUACAAUGCUCAAGCACGCUCACACCGUCACAACGAUUACUCCGGUGCAGUUUAUUCGUGGAGACGUCAUUCAGCACAACCACCCGAACCAUCUAGGACAACGAUACUGUGUCCACUUCAUUUGUGAAGCCUCUGGUCAUCACUGGGUUGACUUCUGUACAAUCAAGGGCGAGGCUUUUACCAAACUGAAGCAGUUCAAGAAAUGGAUUGAGCUCCAGACAGGUCUUAAAGUCAAAGUCGUUGGACUCGACGGCGGACCAGAAUGGAGGCUUCCAACCAAAGAGUUUCAGAAUAGUCAACUAUACAAAUGGGCUAACGAGGAGGGCGUUCAGAUCUACAAGACGACCGCCCACACCCCAUGGAUGAACGGUAAAUCAGAAAGAGCUGGAGCAAUCAUUAUGGAGCGCUCUAGAGCCCUCAUGAUCGACCUCAAUAUCCACCCCAUCUCUGGUCCUUCGUUGUUCAAAGCAGCCAUCCCCGGUUACCCUGAGAAUGAAAUCAAGCCAUGGACCAGGCACUUGCGCAGUUAUUUCUGUACCGCAUACUACUACAUCAAACCCCAGAACCGCACCAAAGGUGAGAAGUUGGAGGAACGAAGCCGCCCUGGUCGUCUGAUCGGAUAUGCUGAUGCCCAUGGCCGUAUUUACUGGAUCUGGGACCCCGAGACUGGCCAGAUUAUUCGAGCCAGUGCCGUAAAGUUCGUUGAGAAAGACCAGUCAGAGUCCUCAGAAAAGGAAGCUCUCCAACAUGCCGUCGUCUUUAGCGACCAGACCGUUCAAGAAAUCAGGGACGUCACAGACAGCAGCAUCCAGUACUGGAUCACCGUUGCUGGCAUAAAGCCACAUGCCGUAGACUCCCCAGCUCCUUCGAACGUAGUCGAAAAAUUCAUUCAUUCAUUCAUUCAUUCAUUCAUUCAUCCCCAGCUCGUUCGAAACAAAUCACUAACAAGUUCAACCCCAUUGCAGAGAAAGACGUGGUACUCGAGUUCCCACCGACUCACUACCUCACUCCAUGGUAGAACUAGGUCGAAAAAUUCAUUCUUCUUCUUCUUCUACCUCACUCCAGAAGCCACGAGAUCUCGAGAACCAGGACCAUCGUCUCCAGAACCCCAACCAACAGUACCAUUGCCUCCCGACCAACCAAUGCGAUCUAUAGAACAAGAGGAGGACGGAUCUAUCGACCUCGAUGACCUCAACGAGGAGAAUCCUAGCCCAAACAAUACGUUCGAAGACACUUGUGAAGACGCAGCAGAAGAGCCACCCGACUUACCUUUCGAGAAAGCAAGAUUCGAACCCAACAAUAGGGAAAAGGGAGCACUUCUGGUAUUAUAUGUGGACGACUUUCUGAUUGCGGCACCAUCAAUAACGGCAAUCUUCGAGAUCAGGGACCAGCUCCUUCAACAAUUUAAACUCAAGCAUAUGGGCGAAGUGAAGACCUUCCUGGGAUUCGAUGUUGUUAGAAAUCGGCCAGAACGAACUGUCUUUGUCUCUCAAGCCAGAUACACCAGAGCGUUGAUUACGAAGGUCGAAUACGACGAUUUGUAUGGAGUCAACACCCCAUGGCCUCAAGAUGUCAAGGUUGGCGACCACAAGACGGGUGAUGAGCUGCCAGACCAACAGAAGUCUCACAUCAAGAAGACGGGCAGCUUGAACUAUCUUUCGAUGGGUACCCGUCCCGAUAUUACGUUUACCGUCAACAAGUUAUGCGAGGCCAAUGCGAAGCCGACAGCGGGUUCGCUGACAGUGAUGAAGCACCUGUUUCGGUACUUGAUCAAAAAUACCGAUGUGGGAAUCGUACUGAGAGGAAAGCUGUCACCAUCAAACAUGGACAUGAACGCAUUCGGGGAUGCUUCCCAUGCUGAUGACCCCAUGACUCGUCACAGCACUGGCGGGCAUAUCGUAUUCAUUGCCGGCGGCCCAAUCUACUGGAAGUCAAAGAAGUAG